UCCAAAUUCAAAAUGGCGGCAAAAAUUCGUGGAGUUCUAAUCGAUCUUAGCGGCACAAUUCACGUUGAAAAUUCAGUAAUUCCCGGUUCUAUACAAGCUCUAAAAAGACUUCGAGAAUCUGGCGUCACUGUCCGAUUUGUUACCAAUACUACAAAAGAAUCAAAGGGCACCUUACUGAAGCGUUUGACUGGCAUAGGAUUUGAUAUACAAGCAGAAGAAGUUUUUACUUCACUGACUGCGGCUCGUCGACUAAUUGAUCAGAGAAGCCUGCGUCCAAUGUUGUUGUUGCAAUCGGACGCCAUUGAAGACUUUAAAGGCGUUGAUGCGAAUGAUCCAAAUGCUGUAGUAGUAGGACUUGCUCCUGAUUGUUUCAAUUAUGAAAUUUUGAACAAAGCAUUCAGGCUUUUGCUGGAGGGUUGCCCUCUCAUCGCAAUUCACAAAGUGCGAUACUACAAAAAAGGGGAUGGACUGGCACUAGGUCCAGGCCCCUUUGUCACUGCUCUUGAAUUUGCAACAGAUGUCAAAGCUGAAGUUGUUGGCAAACCACAAGCUUCCUUUUUUAGACAGGCACUGAGUGAAAUUGGCUGUGAUGUACAAUCUGCAGUCAUGAUUGGAGAUGAUGCAAGGGAUGACAUUGGUGGAGCAGAAUCCAUUGGGAUCAAAGGAUUUCUUGUUCAAACAGGUAAAUACCGAGAUGGCGAUGAACAUCACCUUGAAAAGCCUCCCUUUGCAGUCUGUAAAGACUUCUCUGCAGCAGUGGAUCAAAUACUUGCAUUGUUAUGAUGUUGCGAAGGGAAAAUCAGUUAGGGCAUCGUAAUUCAUGUCAAGCAGAUUGAACUCUAAUUGUACAAGAAUUCAAGUUCUUGGAGGUGUUUCUGCUAUUCUAGAGGUUUUGUGCAAAUUUGCUAUUAGCACAAAAGGAGUGAAGGAUGGACUGACAAUUGUUGGGUCAUGAAAGUGGAAUGAUAUUAAAAGCGGUAUAACAUUAUCAGCAUAUUUCACUAUCCCUUUUUGCAAAAUUAGAAGAUAUGGUGACUAAAUAGCUGAUUUGCUGGACUUC